ACGUGAGAAAAAGACCAGCGCUGAGCGGAUGCAGACGAAGUAUUGAGAAGGGUGGAGACCGUGGACUUUCGGUUGCUAGCAAGACUAGACGCAGUCGUCGCAGACCCUAGGAUUAAAUGUUGGUGUGGGUGACUCAUCCACGCCUGAUCGACUGACAAACAAGUUUCUCGGAAAUCUAGAGAAUCCCAGGGAGGAAGGUUAUUAUUGUGUCUGUAAAACAGUCAAAACAGACCAAGCAGGAUGCAUCGUCUGCUUCGGGUGGUGCUGGCUUUGGUGGUCCUGCUGCAGACACUCCAAAUUGGUGUGUCGGCACAGAUCCGAUGUGAGGCCAAUGCCAAUGCAAAAAGGAAGAUCGUCAACUUAAUCGACCCAAACGUCCUCACUUGUCCACCUUUAAGCGACGACGAUGAGCGCUACUGUUGCUACAGACCACACACAAUGUUGUACUACUGCUGCGAUGCUGAAGAGUUCAUCGAGCAGUCUGGGAUUGGAUUUAUCCUGCCACUUCUGGUGUCUAUGCUUGUUGCUAUGCUGGUCAUCUGUUGUGUUUGCUGCUUGUGUUGCCCGUGCUGUUUCUGGUACAAGAGAAGGAACCGUGGUGCUGUAUACAACACUGUAGUGAGAGAUGCCCAAACUGAUGCUCCACCGGUGCCCCAGCACGGCCCACAGUCAAGCGUCUACCAGCAACAACAGUACAAUCCACAAUACCCACCACAAGGCUACCCUCAACAGUAUGCCAUGGUGCCUCAGCAGAAUUACCCAAUGAUGAAUCCACAAGAUGCAUACCCUCCAGCUGUUCCACCGCACGCAGCUCCAUAUCCCCCGGCUGUUCCUCCUCAUGGUCAGCCAAUGCCACCUCCAUACUCAGAGACCAAGCCAGCAGACAAUUUUUAUAACCGUCAAGCUCCUUAUAAUCCAAACUUUUAAAUGAAGCACUGCGAAUAUAAUGUAAAAGAUUUUCAACGUUGUUUGCUUCUUGUGUGAUAAUGAGGAUAGCCCACAGACUAAUUCGGAAACAAUGAUUUUCAAUGUGCCUGAUUUUGAUGAAUCUCGAUUAAUGCAGUAUGUAAUGUGAUUUGCCUGAUAAAGCUUAAUCAAUUUGUAGCUUUUGGCAAAAGGUUCUCCUAUGUGUUAAUUUCCAUUCAGUAAUUGGCACUCUCAAUGUCAAAAGUGCUCUCUUACAAGAGUUAGGUUCCAUUUUCUUCAAGCGUGUCGGUAUAAUCCCUAAUGAUACCGAUUUUAAAAUAUAUCAAUUACUCUUAUUUGUCAAUUAUGGAUCAAUUAAAUCAAUUCAUCUAACGUGUUUUAAGGAAAAUUAUGACUAUUUUGUUCAAAUAGUAAAAUAGUCCUUCGUAGUGACAAUUGGUCUUGUAAAAGUUAUUGCCUGUUUAAUAGAAUACACAUGAUAAGGUAGUGGGGGCGUUGCUCCCCAAUAAUGCUCCUCAAACCAGAAUUUUUUCGGAAGGUCUGUGGAUGGAAAAUUGAAAAAGACUGUUUUUUGUAAACAAACAUUUUGUACACAGAAAGUGGCCAUUUCACACAGAGCUGAAAUUUUUACAUUACAUAUUAUGUGUAAGGCAUUUAGAUCGUAAUGUACCUUGUAUAAUGUUUCUGAUGUAUACAAAUUUGGGAGAAGAAUAUCCACAGUCCUUUAAAAUAACAAUUGC